AUCUUUACCGUACUCUCACUCGUUGCUAAAAAAAAAAAAAAACCGCACUCUCACUCUCUUCUCCUUCAUCGGCGAGAAACCCUUUGGAUCCUAAAACCCCAAAAAGACCACAACGAGCUUUACACAUGGACACCGGCGCCACUUACCAGAGAUUCCCAAAGGUGAAGAUCCGCGAGCUCAAAGACGACUACGCCAAGUUCGAGCUCCGCGACACCGACGUAUCCAUGGCCAACGCCCUCCGCCGCGUCAUGAUCUCCGAAGUCCCCACCGUCGCGAUCGACCUCGUCGAGAUCGAGGUCAACUCCUCCGUCCUCAACGACGAGUUCAUCGCUCAUCGCCUCGGUCUCAUCCCUCUCACCAGCGAGAGGGCUAUGAACAUGCGCUUCUCUCGAGACUGCGAUGCUUGCGACGGAGAUGGACAGUGCGAGUUUUGCUCCGUUGAGUUUCAUCUUAGCGCCAAAUGUGUUACGGACCAAACCCUCGAUGUUACUAGUAGGGAUUUGUACAGUGCUGAUGCUACUGUUACUCCUGUUGACUUCGGCGCCGAUUCAUCUGGUGCUGAUUCAGGCGAGCAAAGGGGAAUUAUAAUAGUGAAACUGCGGCGUGGACAAGAACUGAAGCUAAGGGCAAUAGCGAGGAAAGGAAUCGGGAAGGAUCACGCGAAAUGGUCUCCUGCAGCUACGGUUACGUUUAUGUAUGAGCCUGACAUUAUUAUCAAUGAAGAUAUGAUGGACACUUUGACAGACGAGGAAAAGAUCGACUUGAUUGAGAGCAGCCCUACCAAAGUUUUUGACUUUGAUUCUGUCACCAGACAGGUUGUGGUGGUGGAUCCGGAAGCAUACACUUAUGACGAAGAAGUGAUCAAGAAAGCAGAAGCCAUGGGGAAAGUGGGGCUCAUUGAGAUACGUCCGAAAGACGACAGUUUUAUAUUCACUGUUGAAUCCACAGGUGCAGUGAAGGCCUCGCAGCUGGUACUGAAUGCCAUAGAUCUCCUGAAGCAGAAGCUCGAUGCAGUCCGUCUCUCUGACGAUACUGUUGAAGCUGAUGAUCAGUUUGGUGAACUCGGUGCACAUAUGCGUGGAGGGUGAGCUUGUGGUAAACUUGAGCUAUUUAGUUUGGCAGUUUGUCCUGGGAUUGAGAUAAUAUUUUAACUGUAGUGGUACACUCUUGUUAGAAAACAACUUGUGAAACAGUGGUCUCUUGUUUUUACCUGACAUCUGAUCAUCUUGUUAUUAUGUGAAUUCACACUAGUCUUAUUUUGCACCAUGUUUAGGAGUUCACUUUUUGACUUAUGAAAUCAUUAACGAGCACUUUCAAACUAUGGAAAAUAUAAAAGAUGAAAAACCUUAGCAGUGCUAUCUAAUUAUAGGGAAUUCAAAAAGGGACAACUAAAUUUUUCUAUUGUCCCUUCAGAACAAAACUAACUUUUGGACUUUUACUGCCAUUUUUAUUUAUAAAAAAAUAUAUCACUGUAAGACGAAAUUCCACAUUAGUCAUAUGAUCUAUAUAUCUAUUAGACGAAAUCUCACAUUGGUCAUGAUCGUAAGUGACCACAUAGAGAUCUAACGGUUACCUAAGAAGUGGAACAUACCAUAUGGUUGAUGUCAAAAUCCCACAUUAGUCAUGAUUGUCAGUGACUGGGAAGUUCACAAAUGCCGUCUUGAUGUUGCAGUCCUUGUACUUUGAAAAUUUUCUUGUCUUCCAGAAAAUCUUCGCAUGAGUUCUUCAUUUGAUUACUGAAUAAUCAGCUCAUGAAAUCUACUUUACCUGGAUACCGUCAUCGCAACGAAGUCUUCUCUCAGAAUAAGUACAACAUAACAUCAAGUUCUUGGCAAUGUCUAAUAGGGUAAGCACUCUUGCAUAUCAAAA